CGCAUGUGUAGACAGCGAUCUGUGCUGCGGUGGAAGAGGGGCCGGAGACACACAACUAGAGAGAUGGCGCGGCACCCGACCGGAGUGCAAGGACAGCUGGUUGACGGUGGGGGGGCUUGAAUCAUAAAGAGAAUCGCAAAAUUUAAUUAAAAAAAAAAUAAGAAAAAAUAUCAAGAAAAGGGGGAUCCGGAAAAGGGGUUUCCACUGCAAAAACAAAGCGUCAGAGGUAGGAGGGAGAAAAUAAUCAAAAAGACUAUAAGGACGGAGAGGAGGCAAAAGCAAAGGAGGCUGCUGCAAGAAGAAAAACAAAAGAAAACUGAACUUUACUGGACGUGUGGACUUCUGGACGACAGCUAACUGCGGUAGGUCAGAUAGAUGGUUUGUCCACAGCGCUGCCCGGACCAUGAACGCACAGCUGUCUAUGGAGAAUAUUGGAGACCUGCACGGAGUGAGCCAUGAGUCCGUGACCGGUCACGGAGAGCUGCUGAGUGGUCACAGUCCACAUUCCCGUCCAAGCCCCCGGGGUCUGAGCCACCGUGCUAUGGGCAUGGCGACCCUUCUGGACAGCGGAGACUAUCACCCCAGCCACCCCGGACACCUGCAUCCAGCCAUCAGCAUGUGUGAAGCCCCCCCUGGCAUGAGUGCAAGCAGCACUUACACCACCCUAACCCCCCUGCAGCCCUUACCCCCCAUCUCCACCGUGUCCGACAAGUUUCCUCCCCAUCAUCACCACCACCACCACCAUCCCCAUCAUCCACACCCUCAUCCCCACCAGAGGAUCCCCGGAAAUGUUAGCGGCAGCUUCACGUUGAUGCGAGAGGACCGGAGUCUGGCGCCGAUGAACAGUCUGUAUCCCGCAUAUCAUCACAAGGAUCCCUGUAUGGGCCAGAGUCUGUCCCCGUUGUCUGGAUCCGGUCUGGCCAGCAUACACACGACCCAGGCCGGUAUCCCUCCCUACGCUCAUCCCGGCGCUGCCAUGCCUGGUGAGAAGAUGCUCACCCCCAGCGGAUUUGAGGCUCACCACCCGGCCAUGCUCGGCAGACACACGGAGCAGCACAUGAGCUCCUCAGCGGGCAUGGUACAAAUCAACGGCCUCCACCACCACCCGCACGCCCACCUUGGUGCGCAAGGGCACGGCCAGGGGCUGGGGAACAGCCGGGAGCAGGCCUCCGGGCCCGGUCAGCAAGGGGGCGGCGGUGGCGGGGGAGGUGUUUCUGGGGGCCAGAUGGAGGAGGUGAAUACCAAAGAGGUGGCGCAGAGGAUCACCACAGAGCUGAAGCGCUACAGCAUCCCUCAGGCCAUCUUUGCCCAGCGGGUCCUGUGCAGGUCCCAGGGGACCCUGUCCGACCUGCUGAGAAACCCCAAACCCUGGUCCAAGCUCAAGUCCGGCAGAGAGACCUUCCGCCGCAUGUGGAAAUGGCUGCAGGAGCCUGAGUUCCAACGCAUGAGUGCGCUCAGGCUCGCAGGUGAGCGAAGCCUCGCAUGCAAGCGUAAGGAACAAGACCACGGCAGAAGCGAGCGAGGGAACAUGACCAAGAAGCCCCGGCUGGUGUUCACGGAUGUGCAGCGGCGGACUCUCCACGCCAUCUUUAAGGAAAACAAGCGUCCAUCCAAAGAGUUGCAGGUCACCAUUGCCCAGCAGCUGGGCCUCGAGCUGGCCACAGUCAGCAACUUCUUUAUGAACGCACGCCGCCGGAGCCUAGAUAAGUGGGUGGACGACGGCACCGGCCACUCAGUCAACUCUGUCCCCAAUGCCUGCACCAAAGCCUGAAGACGGACUGAUUUGACCAACUCAUGGACUGACUCAACCUCGGUGGAAAAGCUUUAAAACUUAAGAGAAACAAAGAGAAACUUAAAAAGACCUUUAAGCAACGUUUUGCCCUUAAACCUGUACUAUAUUGAUAUUUAUAGUAUCCAAAGAUGAAAAAAACAAACCAAAGACUUCUUGUUUGACCUGCUUUGAAAUGUUUGUUUCAGCAACACUUUUAUGUGUAACAUACUGCAAAAAGACUAUAGUUUUACCCCCUCACACACACACUCACUGUCACUGGUCUAUAGCUUUACUACAUCCCCGCGCCUCCCCACCCAGUAUCAAUCUAUCAUUCACCAUCCUUAUCUUUAAUCUGAUUGGUUGGUUUUAAUGAUGGGUCCCUAAAUGGAAGUUUAAUCAGCCUCUUGGCAGUCUGACCUGCAGCUGUCCACACCCUUGAAAAACAACCAGAAUGUGGAGCUCCGGUGGGAUUGGCCAAUCAACGUUAAAGACAAAAAAAAAUCCUACGGGAGCCGACUGGAUUGUUGUGCAACCUUGUUUGGAUCGGUGGAGGUGGACUGUCUGUCUCUCCAGCUGUCUGUCUUUCUAUCAAGCAUUCCGGACAGACAGGGAAAUGCCCAUGUGUAGACUGCUAACCCAAAACCAUAACCCCAAACCCCUAAGCCAAAUCGAAACCCCCUGACCUCAACCCACAUCGUAGUGCUUUCUUCCAACAUGCUGAAACAUUGAAUAAUUAAAAAAACAAAGAAAAAACAAGAGAAACCAAAGCCUUCUACACCCUGAAGCCUCUCGUGCAUCUUGGAAAUCAAACCACUUAAGAACCUGCUAUGAAGUAAUUUGACCAAAGAGUAUAUUUUGUAGUUGAUAAUCUUAAGAGUAUUUUUACCUCAUUUCCUCCCUUACCUCCUGAGACUGACUGUUAGGAGCCAAAAUGAAGAGAAUGUUACUGCUUACGGUACAUACAACAUUUUGAGUUAAAUAUGCGCUCCCUGCAACUGGAAAUAUUAUAUGACACAACCCUUAAAAUUAACUAUUGCCUUGUAGAUGCCUUCUAUAAUCAAGCUAAAUAUUCCAGUUAUAUCUUUACAAGUGGUCUUUGAAUGUUCCUGUGAAUGCUCAUUGUAAAGAUGAAUCAUUACAGAUACAUCCUUUCCUGUAAAUCUGUUUAACUUUACACCUACAUAUUUAGCUCAAGUUGAUGUGUUCAAAUACCAGCAGCUGGCAAAGAAACACUAAUCCAUUCAGCAGUGCAUUUUCUCUGCAAACGUGAGCACAAAGGAUGCUGUUGUGCUCUGAGUGUGGUCUUGACACUGUGAGGGAGACAGACAGCUUCAGAUGGGGGUUUUUGAGGACAAACUGUGUCACCACUCAAAUAAUAAGCAUUCAGCAUCGUUUUAUCGUCGUGUGCUUCAUAAGUAUUUGAUUUUUUUUCCUCCUCGUCAAAUGUGUUGGAUGGCGGGGAUGAUAUCAAUGAUCAAAUCACUUUCAGGCGCUUACACAGCAAUGUCAGCUCGUCACCUGAAUACAAAAGCACCCCUCCCCAUCUGUUGCCAAUCUGCCCCCCUUACCCCCACCCCCAUCCAUCCUGCCUCUGCUCCCCUGGUAAGCUAUGCAUUUCAGCACUAGGAGGAAAGCACUACACGGGGCUGGCCCAGGGCAGCAUAUCGUUAAAUAUAUUGAGCUGGCCCCUUGCCAUCAUCCUCCUCAUGGCCAGGGUUAGCAGCUCUACAUUCAUCAGAACAAGCGCUGAAGGAGAAGCAAGAGAGAGAGAGAGAGAGCUGCUUCUUCAUCUCUGAAAGAAAAAACCAAAAAGACGACAAGAAACAAAAAUGUGUUGAGACCUGCUGAUGUUUUAUAGUGUGAACCAAAGAUGCUACCUCACUAAAGUUCCAUACGUGAUUUCUAUCACUUUGAUGAUACCAAAGAUAACCAAAGAUUUUUUCUCAUUGCACGGCCUCUAUGAGUGGUGUUAAAAGAUGUUGUAUGCCUCCCCUCCCCCCGUCUCCUCUGUGUCUCUUCCCCUCUCUUCCUUUCUUCUCCCCUUUCUCCUCCUCCCACCUGCACUCAAUCCAUGCAACCCUGCUGUGCGGUCUCUUGCUUCAUCUGUGCUCUGAUUACAGCUCCAUAGGUAGUCAUGCUGAUGUAGCUAUAGGCAGAUAUGCUGAUCCAGCCAUAGGUACACACAAGUGGCCAUGCCGGUGCCUGCGGGGUAUGGCGAACUCACAGGUAACCUGAUCAGCCUUUUUUUGUUUUCCUUUUUUUGUACUUAUUACAAAACCACAACAAAGUUGACGCUGUGACAAUAUCAAAAAUGAAACUUUUAGCUAGGGUCAUGAUUAGUUUCAAAAUAUUCCAUGUGAAAAUGAUGGAGUGCCCCUCCGCAGUGUCUAUUACUCUCUAACUGGCCCUGCCUCUUCGUGUGUAUCUAUAGGCUGAUGAUAUCGAUCCACCGAGUAGACUAGACAUCUCUACAUGACAAAAGGCAGACAAGCUGACAUAGCCAUGGGCAGGAUUGUUGACUCAACUGUAGGCAGACAUGUUCCUGAAAGUAGCAGAAAAGCAGAAAGCAGACGUGUUGCAAUCUUUCUAAAACUCCCAGGACGAGUGCCUUGCUUGAACCAAAGUGUUAAACCGCUGUUGACCUCUCACCUUUGACUCUGUGAAUACCUCAGCCUGUAGAAGGGCCACUACUGAAGAAACAAGGAAAAGGUUUUUUGUUUUUUAAUCACACCGUGGUGCUUUCGCCAGCGCAACCAUGCAAUGAAAACAUACCAAAGGAAUUUCUGUUGUCCAGUUCUGCAGAUUAAACCAAAGGUCUUUGUUUCUCCACCCCUUCUGCCCCCUUUACCCCCCCACCCCCACCCCCCCGAACCCAUCUUCCCCGUACCUUGUCUCUCUGCUGUGUGUAGGAAGGUCCAGCACUCUGGCCGUGCAUGUCUUUACCAAUGUCUCUGAAUACCUCAUAGUAAUAAUUCCUUUGAGUUCUGCAUUGAGACGUCUAUCUGUGAGUAAGGCAGAACUCUACUCGUGUGGUUACUGUUAUUGUUACUUCAAAAAGCUGUAUGAUUAUCUAUUUUGAAGUCCUUUUUUUGGCAGAAGUGCUCUGUUUCAAGACAUGGUGGACAAGUUUCAGGGUUGAUGUAUGAAACUUAGGGGAUGGCGGGAGAAGCGUAUUUUUUAUCAGACAUUGGGUUAUGCCAAUAUUAUGAUGGUAGACUAUUGUUUUUACAGGGUAAAACCAACUGCUGUGAUAUUGUGUUCAUAUUUUCCCUUUCCUCUACUUCUGUGUCGUGAUUUUAAUUUAAUUGCAUUUUUGUAAUGGUUAACCACUGCUUUAAUUUAUGCAUUUGUAGAAACUCUAGAUUUGUAUAUAGUAGGUUUUUGGGGAAAAAAAAACAAACAAAAAAUACAAUUUUAUGUUACAGCCUUAUUUCCCAUGCUUAGAUAUAACAAAGGAGUAGUUUGUAUUCUUCUUCAACUAAAUCCUAGCCGGCAUCUCAAUGUGUGUUUUAAACACUGCCAGAAACCCAAACAGUUGAUUUGCCAACACAAACAAAGUCAUACAGGAGCUACUUUGUUGAACAGCUGGCAAAAAGCAGUGUGUAUGUGUGUGUGUGUUUUUUCUAUUCUUUUGACUUUUUAAAAAUAGUUCUUUUAUGGGUAUUACUGCACAUCCAAAGAUUUUUAAAACAAACCAAAAAUUGGAAAAAAAAUACGUAUAAUGUUGAAAAGCACUGGCAUUUGUGAGGUAGACUUGUUGAGUUUUGAUUUGCCAUUCGCACGGGUAUAGAAUGUAGAAGGCGUAGGGCUGUGUAGACAAGCUUACUCAACCAUGUGGGGAAUCUCCUGUCCAAUGUACAAUCUGAAGCAUUUGAAAUGAGGGCUGCAAGUCCUGCUCACUUUGCUGUCUCUUACACCGAGUGAGGUGGAGUGGAGGCUGGGCAGCCGGUCUGCCAGGGGCUGUACCACGGAGCUGGGUCUGUUUUUUUGCCGUGGUACUGCCGUCUCACUCCAUCUAGUAUCUGUUCUUUUGGUACAUACUCGUGCAAUGACUAUGAGCAAAGUCUAAUAAAACUGCAAAGAACCUUAUCAAAGGAAUCAGUGUGUGAGCGUGUAUGGGAACGAUCACCUGAAUUGCUCCUUUCUUUUCCUGUCUUUGGAUGAAUGCUAGUGUGCGUGUGUGUGUGUGAGUGAGUGCUCAUUUGCAUGUAUUUCUUUAUGGUGUGUUUGCUCAUUGGUAAAAUGUGCACAUAUUGCUGGUGUGUAUGUAUGUGUGUGGCUGAUUGGUGCAUGUCACAGCAGUAAGUUUGACUGUCUCUUGGAGGUCUUACUGUUAGUAACUGUUUCCUCUCUGUCAUGCAGAAAGCACAGUACCUCCAAGGACUGAAGGUCAUCACCAAAA